GUAGCAGCAGGCUGUCUCUCUGGGCGCCUCCCUCCUUCCUCCAUAGGGAUGCCUUGAGCUGGUGGCUGCAGGAGCAUCCUUGGCUCUGUCCAAGAAGGGGAAGCAAGGAGGGGGAAGAAGUCCCCCUGAAGGGAGAUCGGAGGGUCCCCCCCACCUCAAAAUGUGACCCAGAGGAGCCCCUGGUGUGGGGAGAUGCUGCAGCCUUGAAUGGGGAGCCUCUCUCCUCCUCCCCAGCCCCAGCAAGGAUGCGUCCAGUGCAAAAGUCCUUGUGUGUACUGAUGGUGCUGACGGCAUCCCUGGCAUUUCUCUACCUUCACGUGUGGUCGCCAAAGCCCUAUAGCACAGUGGAUCUCAGGCAUCGGCCUGACCGGAUGCCUGAGCAGCUGUUGAACGACUUUCUGCUGGUACCUGACAAGAAAUAUGCACACAUUACUUUCCGGAUCAAGGAAGAGAUUAUGGAACUCCUUCCCAAGAAUGCCUGCAAGUGUGAGGUGGAACAGAGUAUGAACCUUCCAUUCCAAAAACAGCUCUUUGGUCGUGUCUAUUCUCUGGAAUUUGCAAAUGCCUUUAAGCCUUCUGAACUUCCAGAUAUCAACAACAAGCGAGAACAGGAAUACCACAGUUACCGACAGAGGUCUCAGUCCCCAGCUGACCAGCUCCUUAUCGUUCGAGCCAACUCACCCCUGGAGUAUCCAGUACAGGGGGUGGAGGUUCGUCCCCUCCAGACCAUUCUCAUCCCAGGCUUGAGCUUGCAAGUGGCUGAAAGGACGGUGUACCGGGUGAACCUUACAGCAACAAUGGGCACCUUUGAUGUGGCUGCAGAAGUGGAUGGCAUCAAAGUGGAAGGAGAAGGUCAGAUGCACCUCACCAUGUUGGGAUCCCAGCUGGAUAACCUCAACCGGCAAAUGCAGUUUGUCACCUACACCAACACACUUUUCCAUCCCAACACAGCAGAUACAGUGCAGUUUUCUACCGAUGAGCAUCAUGCAACUUUCACCAUUCGCAUCCGUCAUGCGCCUACCCCCAGACUCUACAAUCCAGGAUCCUCCAAUGGAGGGAACAAUGGAGUAGAAUACAAUAUCAGUGCCCUGGUCACCAUAGCAACUAAGACCUUCUUGCGCUACGACAAGUUGCGGACCCUGAUCGACAGCAUCCGAAAAUUUUACCCUACAGUGACCAUCAUCAUCGCCGAUGACAGCAAAGAUACUGAACAUGUGCAGGGCCCACACAUUGAACAGUACUUCAUGCCAUUUGGCAAGGGCUGGUUUGCUGGCAGGAACCUUGCUAUAUCCCAGGUGACCACCAAAUAUGUUCUGUGGGUGGAUGAUGAUUUCAUUUUCACACCCCGCACCAAAGUGGAGAAGCUAGUAGAUGUUCUUGAGAAAACAACCCUGGAUCUGGUGGGUGGAGCAGUGCGGGAGAUCACUGGCUACACCACCACGUAUCGACAGCAGAUCAGCGUGCAGCCUGGUGGUGAUGAUGGUGAUUGCCUGAGAACCCGCCAAGGCUACCACCAUAUCAUUGAAGGCUUCCCUGAUUGUGUGGUUACUGAUGGUGUUGUCAACUUCUUCCUGGCACACACACAGAAGGUGCUGCAGGUUGGCUUUGAUCCCCGCCUUAGUCGGGUUGCCCACCUUGAGUUCUUCAUUGAUGGCCUUGGCAUUCUGCAUGUGGGUUCCUGCUCUGAUGUGGUGGUGGACCAUGCCUCCAAAAUUAAGCUACCAUGGCUAAAGACAGAAAGCGAGAAGCAAUACGCCAAAUUCCGCUACCCCAACUCAAGUGAUGACAGCAUGAACAUCAAGCAAAGCCUCUUCUACUUCAAGAACCGUUUCAAAUGUAUGACGGGCAACUAGUAUUUGGUUUGGGACAGCUAGCCCAGCCCCUGACUGCUGGCUCAGUCCUCAGGCAAUCAGGCCUACUGAUCUCAGGCAGCCUGCUCUGGCACCUGGCCACAGCCCUAGGCAAAUGGUCUUCCCUGUCAAUUAGCCAAACCCCCAGAGCUCAGGGAGGGCUUGGCAUCCUCAGGCGAAGAGUGAAGAGUGGUUUGAGAAAUGGGUAGCCACUCCUGCUGUGAAGAAAAAAAAGCCAAAACACUUUCUAAUUGGAUGGAAAGGCUGCUCUAUUGUUUGUUUUUGUGCUCCUAUUUUUAGUAGAAUCGGUGCUGCUGCCUACACUUGCGUAUGUUUCACAUGUUUUGAACUAAAGAAUCCUAUAUGGGGAGUGAUACUGACAAGUGAUCCCCUGAUGCCCUGAGAAUUACAUUUUUCUACCGUGAUUGAAAGAAAUUUCUGGCCUCCCCUCGUCCUGCUUCUGCCACGCAUGUGUGCACACAUUGUGUCAAAACAUCUGCCAACACGGUCUCUCCCAACACAAUUCUACUAUCUCUGCUUCUAUUUAAUCUGAUUGCGGGGAGGCAUGAUUGAAAGGAGACAGUGGCUGAACUUUGGGGGUUUGUCCAGUGCCACAAAUUUUUGUGCCAAGUCUUUGUACCUGUGUCCCAUUCUCCCCAACUCCUUCCUCUGCAAGCUGGUGCCAUCCUUGGAGAUUUUGAAGUGCCAAAAACUACAGUGAUGGAAAAUUGCCACCAGGGGGGAGCCUUGAGGUAUGCAUUGCAGCAAGGUUGGGGCAUGAAAAGGACAGAGCUACCAAGCACACACCACCAUUAAGGCACUCCCUGUGACUCUUGUGUUCAUGGACGGUGGGGGGAGGGAGUCAGACCAAUUGCUUUUCUAAUGAAGCCAAUUUUUAUAUGCUGAAGUGCAAAGACCAUCUAUAACAAACUGUAUUUUUUAUUAUUCUUUCCAACAAAAUCCAUUUGCCAAGCUUUUCCCCAUAUCCUAACACCCUCCCUCCUCUGCCUUCUCGGUUUCAAACCUGCAACCUUCUUCACUGCUUUUUCUACAAUUGUUGUUGUUGUUGGGGAACAUUUGUAAAUCAGGGCUAAGGUUUGCUUGUCUCCCUCCCCCAUGUGUUGCUCCAAUGCAUGGGGUUGGUCCCUUAGAAAAGUAAAAGCAGAAAGUGCAGCCUGUCACACCAUCUGGCUAUCCAUUAUUCCCCUUCCCCUUGGGCACUCCAACCUAUUCCCCUUCCCCCCUGGGCACUCCAACCACUUCCUCCUGGCAGUCCAGCUGUGCACUGUUCUCCUGCAAUCAGGCUCAAAGGUGGGAAUAUUGGGAUGGGUGGCAACCCUGCUGUCUCCCUUAUCCUGGCUGGAUGCUAAAGCAAUCCUAGUGCAAGGAGUGACAGGAAACAGGAACAUAUGUGGUAGGUUAUAAAAGUUUCUGUGGGUCACCCAGUAUUAACUGCAUUGCCGUUUGGCUGUGGCACAAAGAUGUAACAAGGGUUUUAAGGCUGCAUCUGCACUGCUGAAAUAAUCCAGGGUGGCACUAAUUUAACUGCCAUGGCUCAGUGCUAUGGAAAUCUGGGAAUUGUAGUUUAUUGUGGCACCAGAGUUCUCUGACAGAGAAGGCUAAAUGUCUCACAGAACUACAAUUCCCAGUGGUGUCAACCUGGAUUAUUUCUGCAUUGUGGAUGCAGCCUUGUAUGUUUGUGUUAUCCCAUCCUCCUAUUACUCUCAAAGUCUUCACAUGGUAUACUGGCAGAAAGGGGACUGGGGUGGUUUCCUGAGAGCACCCUUGUGCUUUACUGCCAGGAAAGGUGGAAGCCCCAAGAAGUGAUUAACUGUGUUUUGCUAGAGCCAAAUCCUUAAUUUUUCCUUCUCCUGCCCCUCCAAACUGACCUUUCCCUCUUUCAUAGGGCUGCUGCUUAUUUCAGAAAUAUGGUGCCUUCUCUACUAUUCUUACUGGCACAUUUCAAAAAAUAAAGGAUGGUGUAGAACUGAGUCAUUCAAAGUAAACCCAAGGGAUUAAGGCCACUGUGAUCUGCAUACCACACCUAUCUGGAAAUAAGACCUACUGAUCAUAGUGGAAUUUACGGUGUAACUGUUCUCUAUUGUUUUACAUAGGUGCAGGUCCUACCACAAUCAUUCAAAUGAAUUAAUUCACUUAUACCUUCUGCAAAAUCAUGUGCUAAAACAUGUGAGGAGUAGGGAAAAAGGCAUACAGUCACAAAGCUGUCUCUGAACUGGUUCCCUCUGGAUGUUUGGGACUAUGGUUCCUCCUGACCAUAGUUUACAAGUAAUGGGGGAUCACGGGAGUCUACAUCUACAAAGGCUGGAGACCAGCAGCCUAGGAAAGACUGAGCUAAUGCUGUCAUGAUGGGUUGAGCCACCCUGGCCUGUUAAUUUUGCUUAGUAUAGGUAGUAUGCUUACUUAUUUAUUUUUGCAGAGGGAAGCAUUUAAAAAUGCAUUUCGCUACCUGCAUCCUGCUGGGGUACAAUCCUGGAAAAAAAUGCUGCUACUUGAAUUGGUUGACUAGAGCUUGGAAAGGUUUUUUACCUGUUUUAUUUCAGACCAAAACUCACAGAACACUCCAAGGUUCUGUGAGUUGUAGUAAAAAAACAAACCAUAAAACUUUUCUAAACUCCUGUUGACCAUAUAGACUACUGCUUGUCUCAUUCCUUGGAUGUCAGUGAAAUAUAUGUGUGACGGCUAAAAGCCCUUAACAACAAUAACUCUUUUCACCCAUCUUAAAAAAAAAAAAAAGGGGGGGGGUUACCAUACACUUCCAGAUGUCCCUUGAUGACAAUUUGAUUUAAAUAAGUCCUUGGACUAGAGUACACUGAUAGCUUUAUCACAUGAGGGGACAUCCCAUGAGAAAAUGGGAGUUAAACGUGAUUUAAAGUACAUUUGAAUUUAAACCAAACUUGCAAAUUCGGUGAGUUUAUCACACUAGGGACUGCCCAA